UUCCGGCCUUUGUAGUCUAUCGUUCUCUGGGCUGCGGUUGCCAAUGAUACAGAGGUGAUGUGAUCUGGGUUACGUGGCUUUUUCUCUCACUGAUGCCUCGAUCUCAGGAUUUCCAGAGGAAAAGAUCAAGGGGGAAUUAUCAAGACUAGAUUCUUUUCUGAAUGGCCACAACCAUGGCCCUUCAGACUACAGAGAUGCAGGAGGGACCUCUGACAAUGAAGGUAAAGGAAGAAGAAGACCAUUCAUGUGGGCCAGAAUCAGGCCUGUUAAGAAAUAACUCUCAUACCACAGAGAUCUUUCGUAGACGUUUCAGGCAGUUCUGUUAUCAAGAGACGCCUGGGCCUCGGGAGGCUCUUCGAAGACUCCGAGAGCUCUGCCAUCAAUGGCUGAGACCAGAGAUGCACACCAAGGAGCAGAUCCUGGAGCUCCUGGUGCUAGAGCAGUUCCUGACCAUCUUGCCUGAGGAGCUUCAGGCAUGGGUGAGAGAGCACCGCCCUGUGAGUGGAGAGGAGGCAGUGACUGUGCUGGAGGACUUGGAGCGAGAGCUGGACGAGCCAGGAGAACAGGUCCUGACCCAUGCUCAUGAGCAGGGAGAAUUCAUAAAGGAGACGGCAAGUCUAGGAGCAGCUCAGGAGUCAUCAAGUGGCCAUUUCCAAACCUUGGAGGAGCAGCUUCCAUGUAACUUGCAAGAGGUGUGCCCGGUUCAGGAGAUUGAUGGCAAGGCUAGGACUUGGAAUGUGGAGUUAGCCCCAAAAAGGAAGAUUUCUAAGGAAAUAAAAUCUCUUGUACAAGUUUCUGGAAAACUGAAUGGUGAUAUUACUCAGAUGCCUGAAUGUGGAGACACCUGUGACCAGGAGGGCAGAUUGGAAAGGCAACGAGGAAGCUCUUCAGCAGACAGACCCUAUAUCUGUGGCGAAUGUGGAAAAAGCUUCACCCAGAAUUCUAUCCUUAUCGAGCACCAGAGAACUCACACGGGUGAGAAGCCCUAUGAAUGUGAUGAGUGUGGGAGAGCCUUCAGCCAGCGGUCAGGCUUAUUCCAGCACCAGAGACUCCAUACUGGGGAGAAGCGCUACCAGUGCAGCAUCUGUGGCAAAGCCUUUAGCCAGAAUGCUGGGCUUUUCCAUCAUCUCAGAAUCCACACUGGGGAAAAACCUUACCAGUGUAAUCAGUGCAAUAAGAGCUUUAGUCGGCGUUCUGUUCUCAUUAAACAUCACAGAAUUCACACUGGAGAGAGACCUUAUGAAUGUGAAGAAUGUGGCAAGAACUUCAUUUACCACUGCAACCUCAUUCAGCAUCGGAAAGUCCACCCUGUGGCUGAAUCCAACUAACACCUUGGAACAGGCUUCCUCCUUCUCCUUGGGCCUCCCUAUGCCCUGAGACACAAUAAUAUUGAAAUGAGGCCAGCUAAUAACCCUACAGUGGCCUCUAAGCAGUCAAGUAAAAGGAAGACUCUCAUGUCUCCCAUUUUAAAUCAAAAGCUAGAAAAUAUUAAAAGUAGUAAAGAAAGCAAGUCAAAAGCUGAGACAAGCUGAAAGAUAAGCCUCUUGUACCAGUUAACCAAGUUUCAAAUGCAAAGGGAAAGUUCUUGAAAGAAAUUAAAAGUGCUACUCCAGUGAACACAUAAAUAUUAGUAAUAAGAAAUCAAAACAGCCUUAUUGCUGAUAUGGAGAAAGUUUGAGUGGUCUGGAUAGAAGAUCAAACAAGCUUCAACAUUCUGUUAAGAAAAAGCCUAAUCCAGAACAAGGCCCUAACUCUCUUUAAUUCUAUGAGGACUGAGAGGUGAGGAAGAUG